UCGCCCCGCCCCCGCGCCCCGCCCCUUCCCGGAAGGAAGAUGGCCGCGGCCUAAGCGGAGGCCCUUCGGAGCCGUCGCGGGCGCUCAGGCCGCGCUGGGCGGAUCCUGGGUGCGGGGAGGGAGGCCGCUCCCAGCCACACUCGCAGGCCAUUUCGCAGCGCAGACCCCAGUGGCCAUGGCCUCCAGGCGGGCUCCGCUCUGCAGCCUGGCUCCACGCCGCCUCUGGCUCCUGGGGCUUGUCCUUCUGAUGGACGCAUCUGCCCGGCCCGCCAACCACUCGUCUGCUCGCGAGAGAGCAGGUAACAGGGAGGAAAACGAGAUCCUGCCCCCGGACCACCUGAAUGGGGUGAAGCUGGAGAUGGAUGGGCACCUCAACAAGGAUUUCCACCAGGAGGUCUUCCUGGGCAAGGACACGGGUGGCUUUCAGGAGGACACGGAGCCUCGGAGGAGCCGGCGGAAGCUGAUGGUCAUCUUCUCCAAGGUGGAUUUGAACACUGACAGGAAGAUCAGCGCCAAGGAGAUGCAGCAUUGGAUCAUGGAGAAGACGGCCGAGCACUUCCAGGAGGCCGUCGCGGAGAGCAGGGCGCACUUCCGUGCUGUGGACCCCGAUGGUGAUGGCCAUGUGUCCUGGGAUGAGUACAAGGUGAAGUUUCUGGCAAGCAAAGGCCACGACGAGAGAGAAGUUGCUGUUAAGAUACAGAAUCAGUGGGACCUGAACGUCGACGAAGAGACACAGGAAGUCCUGGAGAACCUCAAAGACCGCUGGUAUCAGGCGGACAACCCGCCCCCGGACCUGCUGCUGACGGAGAGCGAGUUCCUGUCGUUCCUGCACCCCGAGCACAGCCGCGGCAUGCUGCAGUUCAUGGUCAAGGAGAUCAUGCGGGACCUGGACCAGGAUGGUGACAAGAAGCUCUCGCUGUCCGAGUUCAUCUCUCUACCCGUGGGCACCGUGGAGAACCAGCAGGGCCAGGACAUCGACGACGGCUGGGUGCGAGACAGGAAGAGAGAGUUCGAGGAGCUCAUCGACGCCAACCACGACGGGGUCGUGACCCUGGCGGAGCUGGAGGACUACAUGGACCCCAUGAACGAGUUCAGCGCCCUCAACGAGGCCAAGCAGAUGAUCGCCAUCGCGGACGAGAACCAGAACCACUACCUGGAGCCCGAGGAGGUGCUCAAGUACAGCGAGUUCUUCACGGGCAGCAAGCUGGUGGACUACGCCCGCAGCGUGCACGAGGAGUUCUGAGCCCCCCGCCCCGCCCCCGCGCAGCCCCGCGCGCGGCCUGCACGUCGGCUCCCCCGUCAUCGCUGCAUCUCACUUCUGAGAACUCGGGCCCUGCUGCCGGAGGCACUGACCACAUCAGGGCCCGCGGGCUCGCCGCACCGUGGGAGAGGACGCAGCUCCCGCGUUUCCUUGAAAACGGAAGGAUGACGGCUUUGCUGGAGACCAGCAGCCGGCGGCUGGGGGCCGGGGGUGGGGCGGGGCCGGGAGGGGCGUGAGAGCCACAGGCCCCGCGGUGUUCAGUCUGCGAGGAAAUGCCAAUGCUGGUGACAGGAAUAACAAUGUACUUGAAAACAGAGUUGCCUUCUUCUC